AUGCAUUCUCUCAGCCUACUGCUCCAAACCCUCGCUGUGGUUCUUCUGGCACCACUUGCCUUAGCUGCCCCAGCUCCAGAUUCAAUCUUCUUACUCCAAUCAUCCACAUUCACCCCUCUAGGCUGUUCAUCAACCUUCCACCCAACUUCUAUCCUCCGUCAAGUCCCAUCUCCUUUUGCGUGCUUCUCGAGAUGCUCCGAUAAACAAGUAGCAGCAUACUCUCAACUCCAAUCUGGCGUCUUAUGUGCCUGCGGAGAAGAAGAUAUGCUGGAUGAUAUCGAAAAUUCAAAAGUUAGAUGUAGGGAUAAUACUUGGUUCUUAUUUAAGAAUAACCAUGAACAUGUCUCUACUCAUUCGACCGAGACUUCCGAAGAAUCCACUUCGACUACGGCUGGGGAGACAGAGACUGCCGCGUUGACGAUCCAAAACCAAAAGAAUAAGAAAAGAGAUAGGUUGAUGCCUUUCAUGAUGAUGAAGAAGAAAUCAUUACAAAAAGUGAAAAGAACCGCUCCAAUGGAUUAUGAGAUUGCUUAA